AUUAGCUCCCUAUAACAUUUGAUUACAGUAAGCGUUUACUGAAAGAUUUUUUUACACAGCUUCUCGAUCAUCCACUAUCAUGGCAAGUAGUAUGAAAAUCACCAUUGUUGGUUGUCUAUGCUUGGUAGCCUUGGCGUUUGUGAAAGGGCAACCAACUACUACCACUUCACUGGAAACGCGAUACCUCCUGGAGAUGUGUGAAUUCUACAACAAAGAAAGUGCUAGCGGCUGCGACUUUGAAAACGUGAUCGAAGACGUGAAAGAACACGGAGAAAAUCUGGAAACACCUCGAGGUCCCUUUCAGAAUUGGGAUGGUAACAAGGUUGAGGAAAUCCUUGACUUGGCUCAAGGAGGAAAUGUUUUCUGCAACGCCAAGGGAGGCGCCAUCCUCAGCGCAUGCGCAGCUAUGGAAGCAGUUUGUGGCCCUUCAAAAGUCAAUCUCAUUAGAUGCCAAGACGUCACCCAGGCGCCAACUACAACCAACUCCGUAUCUCCUACUACAAAUAAUUUUCCAACCAAUCAACCUACCAUUACCGCCUAAAGCUAUUUUUCGAUCACCGAACAUCGACAUUACAUUAACCACUGAAAGUUAGAUGGAACAGACAGAACUGAUGUCAAUAGUAUUCGCGAAUAGCGUAUUCUCUCCAUUUGAGUUCACAUUUGGAAGCUUUUAUUAUUUUGUACUUUUGCAAUCAAUUGUUGUAGUUAAAAAAUAAUUUUUGAACUUUAAAUAACAGAAAAUAAAAAAAAUUAACAGAAUAUAACGAAACUUUUUUUGUAAAAACUAUAAAUAGAUGAUGUCUUUCAAAAGAUUGUUUUUCGGGAAACUGUAUAAUAACAGAGUAAAAAUGAGCAAAUGAAGAGAAAAGAAAAUUACUAAAAAUACCCGUCCGUUCGUAGUGUGAUCCCACAUGUUGUUUCUUGUGUUAGCUACACCAGGUAACGCUUUUUUUAAUGAAAUGAAUGUAAUUAUAAGCAAGCCUGAAAUAUUUUUAUGACUAAACUCCGUUGUUCUAAAUAAGCAUUCUUAGCGACUCUAAUUGUUACAUAAUAUGUUUGUAUAUGUAUAAAUUGCUCGUUGAUUAUUUUUACUGAUAACUAUAAAUAAAAUAAAUGAAA